UGGGAUGAUGGGGAGAGGGAGAGGACCAGGUUCAGAGACUUUCUCUAAAAGAGGGAUGAGAGGAGUGACUUCUGUACAUAGAGCCAUCCUGCCCCGACCCCAGCCCCGCCCAUGGUUCCCAGGAGACCAAGCACUUCCGGAAAGUGUGAGACAGACUUGGAGACUAGAGUGCCUCUCCUGAGACUCCUGGUUCCUUCCAGGGGUCAGGAAAGCAUCCCUGCGUCUAGCCCUACACACCAAGUCCUUCCUCCCCCAGGACAUGCCACCUAAGACCAAAGGAAAAAGGAGAAAAACUGGGGAACAGAAGAAAAAAAACUCUGGUGCUGAUGUGGAGUCCGAGGCCAAGCACAGCCUCGUGCUUCUGGAGAAGGAGCUGCUCCAAGACCACUUGGCUAUAUGGAGGGCUGAGGCCCGCCGAGCCAAAGCGUCUGAAGACCAGCUGAAGCAGAGGUUGCAAGAAUUGGCAGCUGAAUUAGAAAGGGCCCGAAGUGAAGGGAAGGCCAUAUUUGCAGAGAUGAGCCGCCAACACCGGGCCCUGCAGAAUGAGAUGGAUGCCCACAGAAAACAACUAGAGGAGGAAGUGAAGUGCCUUCGGGAACAGCUAGAAACCUGCCAGAGAGAGACUGAGGCUUCAAGGAAAGAGGCUGAGCGAGUCCUUGGAGAGCGAGACCGGACCCUGGCUCAGCUUCGGGCCCACGUGACAGACAUGGAGGCCAAGUUUGAGGAAAUCUUAGAUGGCAGCCUGGACCUUCUCUUGGCCAAGCUGCGAGCCAUCAAGCCUCAGUGGGAUGAGGCUGCACUGAGACUCCACACCAGGCACAAGGAGAUGCUGCGCCAGAUUGGUCUCAACCCCCUGGAUCUUUGAGGCUAUUGGCCUCUAGUUUCCGGGGCCCAGCAAUAAAGUAUGUUGAUGUAGAACUCA